AGCCAAUGGUGCGAGAGGCGUGCGUGCGUGCGAGCAUAGGUCGUAACCCUAAAAAAUCAGAAGCAGUGGCAGUGUCACCAAAAUAUCUGUUCCUCUCUGAUUGAACUCGCGCCUCAUUUCCCUCUCAUCACUCCCGCGCUUAAUUCUCUCUCAUGGCGGAGGAACAAAUUGUUGCACCCGCUGCCAGCCCCGUUCCCUCUGAUCACAAGCGCAAACUCGAAGAUCUGCAACCUGAAACCACCCAACCACAGCCACUCGAAUCCAGUGUCAACUCCGACGCCGAUGCAGUGCUUUCCGACGAGACCGAGACCGAGACCGAGACCGAGACCGAGACCGAGACCGAGACCAAACGUCCACGCCUCGACGACCAGCGGGAUGAAAUCGCUAAUGCAAAUGGGCAUCAAGAUGAGCAGGUUGUUGAGCCAGUGAAAGAAGCAGGAGAAGGAUCCACCCUGGAGAAUGCCACUCCCGAGCGCGAUCAAACUGUAUCCGAAGAUCGCCCAGAGGCAACUGCUAUUGAACAAAAUGCUAGUGAGAUUAGCGAGCCAGCUGAUGCCAAAGAACACCCUGUUGAGGACUCUGCGCAGGAAAAUGCAGAGGAGCCAACUGAAGAAACUCAACAACCGUCUAAGGACUCAACUGAGCAAGAUGCUUCUUCUGGAGACAAGCAACCCAGUUCUGUUGACACUGCUCCGGAAAAUAUGGAAGUUCCCCAUGAUAAGCAAGAUGAUUCUUCUGGACAAAAGCAGCUUGCAUCUGGGGCUGAAGUAACGACAAGGAAAAUUGAGGUUCCUAACAACAAGGUUGGAGUACUUAUUGGCAAAGCUGGUGAUACUAUACGAUACCUGCAGUAUAAUUCAGGUGCAAAGAUUCAGAUCACAAGGGAUGCUGAUGCUGAUCCUCACUGUGCAACAAGGUCUGUUGAAUUGAUUGGAAGUUUGGAAAGUAUUGAGAAGGCAGAAAAAUUAAUGAAUGCUGUAAUUGCAGAGGCUGAUGCUGGGGGUUCUCCUUCACUUGUAGCUCGAGGCCUCUCCCCUGCUGAAGUUACUGUGGGCUCCGAACAAAUUCAGAUUCAAGUUCCAAAUGAAAAGGUUGGGUUAAUCAUAGGGAGAGGUGGGGAAAAUAUUAAAGGAAUGCAGACAAAAUAUGGGGCAAGAAUCCAGGUAUUGAUACCUCAACAUCUUCCAGAAGGGGAUGAUUCUAAAGAAAGAACUGUACAAGUUACUGGUGAUAAGAGGCAAAUUGAACUUGCUCAAGAAUUGAUUAAGGAAGUCAUGAGUCAGCCAAUCAGACCAUCAUCUGGUGGCUUUGGCCAGCAGGCCUAUCGCCCACCCCGUGGUUCGGGUGGCCCACCCCAAUGGGGCCAGCGGGGUUCUCAUUUUGGCCACCCAACAGCAUAUGAUUACCAGCAUCGCGGGCCAUACCCUUCUCACAAUCAACCAUAUGCUCCUCCACCAUAUGGAAACUAUCCUCAACAUAUGGCUCCAAGAAGCAAUUUUGGUACUGGUUGGGAGCAAAGGCCUCACCACAGUUUUCAGGGGCCACCCCCACACAAUGGUGGUUAUGACUAUUAUGGAGGACAAGGGGGUCAUUUAUCCGAUGCACCACCAUCCACACAGCAUCCCAGUUCAGCGCCCCCUCACGGUGCUGGUCCUUCCCCUCUACCUUCUAUGGGCCCAACCCCAGCUCAGGUGAGUUACAAUUAUGGACAGCCCCAAGGCCAGGAUUAUGGUCAUCAGGCACCUUAUUCUCAGGCAGGACUUCCUCAACAAGGUUAUGGACAGGGAUAUGACGAGUCUUCCAAGUAUGAAAAUCGUGCUCCCACUCAACAUUCCUAUGGAGGACAUGUAAAUACUCAACCGACCUACCCUCAGGCUGGUGCUCAACCUAAUUACCCUGCACAACAGCAGUAUGGCAAGCCACCAUUAUAUGGCAUGCCAUCACAGGGACAGCCUCCACAAUCUUAUGGUCACCCUAGAGCUGCUCAACCAGUGGAUAUGCCGUAUCAAGGUUCCACUCCUGCCCAACAGUAUGGCACCAAUAUCCCAACACAACAACCAUACCCAUAUGCAUCACAAACAGCAUAUACAAGUUAUGGGUCUGCACCAGCACCAACUGCAGAUGGCUACAGUCACCCACCGCCUGCAUCUGUCCCAUCUUAUACCCAGCCCGGUGUGCAAACUGGUUAUGGACAGCCAGCUGCCCAGCCUGCAGCCAGUUAUGCUCAGGUUGGUCAUACUGGUUAUGGAUCAUACCCAACAUCACAACCAACUUACCCUGAACAACCAGCUCCCAACAAUGCUGUGUAUGGCUACCAAGCGCCCCAAGACCCUGCUAGUUAUAGCAGUGGUGGUGCACCAGCAGCAUAUAGUGCAGCCCAACCAAGUGGGCAACCAGGGUACGUUCAACCGGCACCGACUCAAACUGGUUAUGAGCAGGCUAACGCACAAUCAGCAGCAGCAGCAGCUUAUGCGGCUGUACCAGCAAGUGCUCCUGCUGCAUAUGGCAAGACAUUGUCGCCCCAGCCCGCUGCUUAUCCCCAAUACGAUGCCACCCAAGUUUAUGGUGCUCCUCGAUGAUGUUUUUCAUGUUAACCAAAUCCCUAGUAUUAGCAUAUGUUAUAAUUCGAUGGCUCCUUUCCGUGUAACUUGCUUUUCAUUCUCGUGUAAUCUGUACCGCUUUAAAUUAUGAACACGAAAAUAUAAUUUUUCUCCAUUGUUCUCCGAUGUUAUGAUUUCUUGAAAAUAGUUAACACGGGCUGUUGUUUAAGUUAA